AUGAAAUUAAUUGCUAUAAUUCUUAUAAGCAUUACUCUUAGAAUUUAUGUAGCUUUUGGUGGUUAUUCAGGAAUGAAUGAUCCACCUUAAUUUGGAGAUUUUGAAGCAUAGAGACAUUGGAUGGAGUUAACAACUCAUUUAAAUGUUACAUAAUGGUAUGAAAAAAGUGAUUUUAAUGAUCCAAAAUGGUGGCCUUUAGACUAUCCUCCAUUAUCUGGAUAUUUCGCAUAUUUAUUAGGUAAAAUAGCUGAAAAAUUUGAUCCUGAAAUUAUUGCUCCUUAUUCAUCAAGAGGUAUUGAAACAUUUAAUACUAAACUUUUUAUGCGAAUAAGUGUAUUUAUUUCAGAAAUAAUAUUUCUUUAUCCACCUUUGUUAUAUUUAAUAUAUAAGUAAUAGUUUAAAUAAUAAUUAAUUGCAUUAUGUUGUCCAUUAUUAAUAUUAGUGGAUCAUGGACAUUUUCAAUAUAAUUGUAUCAUGCUUGGAUUAACAUUAUAUGCAAUAAUAUGUUUAGAGAAAGGAAAACUUGAAUUAGGUUCCAUAUUUUAUGUAAUGGCUUUACAUUUCAAAGUUAUGUCUCUCUAUUACUCUUUGCCAUUUUUUAUUUAUAUUUUAUCAAAAACUUAUAAAAAACCCAUAAAGGUAAUUUUUGUUGGAAUUACUGUUAUUUUAACAACACUUAUAAUUUGGUUGCCUUGGUUAUCAGACAUAAAAUUAAUAUAAGAAGCUAUAUCAACGAUAUUUCCAAUACAUAGAGGAUUAUAUUAACUUCAUGUUGCAACAUUUUGGUGCAUUAGUCAUAUUAUAGUCAAAUGGAAUUUAAUGUUUAAUAAUCAAUUACUCUUUAGAAUAGCUGCCAUUUUAACAUUAUUAUUUUCUAUCCCCUCUCUUAUCAAACUAUUUAAUAAGCCAUAAUUAUUUAAACAAACAUUAUUUAUUGUUUCUUAGACCUUUUUUUUAUUCUCAUUUCAUGUUCAUGAGAAAACUAUACUUUUACCAAUCAUUUUAUUAUUAAUAUCUUAGGAAGAUUAUGGAUAUUUAGUUUAUGAUUAUACUAUUAUUGCAACAAUUACUCAUCAUCCUUUAAUGAUUGAAGAUAAGUUAUUUUUUGAAUAUUGUGUUUUAUUAGUUUUAUUUUUUAUUUUUACAAGAAACCAUUAAACUCCAAAAAUUUAAGAUUCAUGGCUUUUAAGAUUUUAUUCAAAAAUAAGAAAUGUAAUAUUUUUUUAUUUAUUUUAGAUUCCAGUUUUGAUGUAUAUAGUUAUUUUUAUUUGCUAGAAAUUGAUAUAACCUCCAUAGAGGUUUCCAUUUUUAUAUGAAUUAAGUAUGCAAAUUUUAGGGUUUAGCAUGUAUACAUUUAUGUAUUUAAUAUCCCAUUAAUAAAAUAUGAGAGUAAAAAAUGAAUGA